UUUUACUUGUGUUAUAACCUUAAAACAAAUGCUGGAUCUUUAUAUUUUCAAACAGAAUUUUCGAUGCACCAUUGUACUUUGUGUACUCAUGAAACAAUAUAAUCAUAAAACGCCACCCUUUCACAUACGUUUUGUCUUUGAAUAUUCGUGAAGUAUUCGAAAAGCCAUUGAACGAUAUAAGUGAUCUAUAAUCUAUGAUAGGGAUAUGUGCAGACGAGAUAUCUGGUCACAUUAUUUUAAUGAAUUAUUUAUUUCAGAGUAUGUAUUCCUUUUACCUCAGAUAUUUUAAAUACUAUAGAGCUUUACUUUAACGCUUAUUUAAGGCUCGCUUUUAGAACACUAUACUCGACAAUUCCAUAACAUUCGACUUCUCGUUAUGCUGAUCGAUAGUGGGAAAAAUGGCGCCUGUCACGGAGAAUCUAACCGAUGUACAGAAGAAGAUAUUUGAGAAAAUCAUAAAAAAUGAGGUGUCGGAACUUAAAACGCUGUUGGCAGCAAACAAAGUUAAAAUGGAUUUCGUGGAUGAAAAUGGUAUGAGCCCGCUUCAACACGCUUGUUACAAAGGAAACAAAGAAAUAGUACAGAUGCUUCUUGAUCAGGGAGCAGAUGUGAACGCGUGUCAACAUGAAAAUGCAUAUACGGCUCUCCAUCUUGCAGCUUUAAGCGGAAAUGCUGAACUUUGCUAUCUUCUGAUGUCUUACGGGGCACGAUUAACAGCAACAAAUAGCGUAGGACGAACACCGGCUCAGAUGGCUGCUUUUGUUGGCAAUCACAAUUGUGUAGCGACUAUCAAUAAUUUCAUUCCAAAGGCUGACAUAGAUUACUAUGUCAAACCGCAAGGGUUGCAGACAGAAUCUAUGCUACCGCCGCAUUUAGCAGAUUCUUUCCAUAAAUUUAUAAUGCAAGUAAACGUGCAUCCUGUGCGCGUAGUUAUGAAUUUACAAAGAUGCCCUGGUCUUUUGGAAAAUGCUACUAAGGUGCACAAUGUGCUGGAAUGUAUGCGUCACAAGGAAAUGACGAGGGGCGCGGAGACAAACGAAGUGAUGGCGUUCAAGUAUCAUUAUCUGAGUUGCGUUGUGGCGGAAGUAAUAAAAUUUCAAAAAAGGCAAGAGGCAAUGAAGGCGGAGAAAAGUGAAAAAGCAAACGAGGAGGGAGAAGAAAAGAAAUCGGACACCAUUGAGGUCCUAAUAAGGAAAUUUUUAAAAUGUAGUAAAAGCGACGGUACUCCCGAAUACCAAGAAGUAUUCCUAAGGGAAUGCGUAAGAGAAUUCCCGUAUAGGGAAAGCCCAAUUUUUCGUCAAAUGGUAGCGACCCUUGCAGCCAGCGAUCCACCGUCCGCUGUAUCGGUAGUGUCGGCUGCAAUUAAUGGACAGAGAGCGUUCUCAGACAACGCGCAAGUUUGCGUCACGUGCAGAGAAGACAAAGCGAACAAAAAAUGCAGCAAAUGUAAAACUGUGCAAUACUGCGACAGAGAAUGCCAGAGACUGCAUUGGUUCAUGCACAAAAAGGCGUGCACCAGAUUAGGUCAAAUCUCGAUGCCGAGCACAAAAAUAAGCGACGCGGACAAAGAACAAAUAAGCAGUACUGUAAGCUCCAAGCUACAAAAUUUAACUGUUAAUUAAGAAUGAGAAAUGCGAAAUUCAAUUCCAAACAAUCAGUUUCGGUGUGCUGAAGCGUCUCGGAGUUUUUUAGUUUUUAAUUAUACAGAGAGUAACGGACUUUUUAUGUAUCGCUAUAUAUUUUUACCUUCCUUUUGUCUGAAAAAAAUUCAUCACCAUUUAUGUAUUAUACAUAUUUUCGUUAUACACAAAUACUCGGUUAAAAAUGUGAUUUCCUCAGGAUUGUACUCUUGCGGUUGCCAUCGCCAUAA